AUGUCCUCUUUCCACAUUUUGGCACGAAAAGAGACAGCGAUGUCUUCACUUUUUCCCACUUUGUGCAGCUGUGCCACGGAAAACACGACUGUCACCGCACUUGUCGCCAUGUCACUAAGCAGAAUAAUUCAAAGAGCGACGCAUCUUGUAUUUUGGUACGAGAAAAGGCUGAUAAUGCCCGUCUCUGGCCGGUGCAUGGCAACGUCUCGUCGGUUAGCGGCAAGAUUUUGUCACGAAAACACUCCAACGGCCAGAAGAGCCAGAAUUCGGCCGACAGCAGCAAAGUCAGCAAAGUCGUUUGAAUCGGCCUAA